AUGAUUCGGGCCUCUAUCGACGGGUUCGCGCACGCUGGGAGACCUGCAUGGGAGAAGCAUUCCGUCCCGCGGUGCCUGUCGGAGCCCAGACUGACGCCCGAGGAGAAGCGUUUUCCCCGCGUAGGCCUCUACCGCAUGGCGCCUCGCACGAUCUCCGUGAACAGCACAAAGUUGAUCCGCAUGGGAAGCCAACGUUCUCUGCGCAUCCAGGUCAGUCCAGAUUUUGCAACUUCUCGGUUCUCCCCGGAAGACAAAUAUUCUCAGCAGAGGAUGUCCAUCAAGAAGCGCUUCGGCCUCCUCCUCACGCAGCAGCCCCCGCCUGUACCAGUUUAUGGAGGUGAAGUUGAGUACAUCCUGCCAAGUCCAGCUGAUCCUGUCCUGGACGGCAUGCAGGAGAUUGAAGGGAAGAGACAGCUGCUUGAUGAAAGUGAUGACAGUGGCAAUGAUGAAGAGGAGGAUGACGCAUCUCAGCAGUCACUGCCUGAAGAACUUGUUUGCUUUGUGGAUAUUCCACAGGAUGAAGAUGGUCUACCUAUGAAGACAUUGGAGUCCAAUGACCAUGGGCCAGAAGAUUGCUCUACUUUGAUGACAAAAGUGAAAGUAGAAUGUACUGAAAAUGAUAGUGAUGUUCCUAUUGGAUCUCAUGACUGUAGUGGCAGUGACAUGGCCAAAAAUUUGAAGAAGAGAAGGCGUGAACGACCCUUUGGAUGCGACACGUGUGGAUGUAGAUUCAGCUCGAGAGACACUCUGGACCACCACAUCACAUCGAGGCACUUGAGUGAAAUCAAGUGUCAAGUGUGUGAUAAAACCUUUGCAUGUAGAAGGAACUUGAACAGGCAUUCCUUCUGCCACUCCAACACGGAGCCACACAGUUGCAAUGUGUGCGGGCGCACCUUCAUGUGGAAGCAGAGCCUGGGUCGACACAUGACCCUAGCCCACUGGCAAGGGAAGCACUCAGCUGAGAUCUCAAUAGGUGAAUCUGAAAAUUCUGCAGAGGAGCAAGUUCCUGUGGACCCUGAAAGGACAAGCCAAGAAGAUUUUGUAUCCUCUGCAACAGGGAACAGUUCCAGCAUCACUGAAGUGAUUGGUGACUCUGUACACUUCAGUGAUGAGCACACUGAUUCUACUGAACCAAUUCAUGGAUCUCCUUACCAUAAACCAAUUGAUGAGGCUGGAAAGGGAAUGAGUAUGAGAGGCACUCUGACUGACCAUGUAAAUUCAAAGCAUUCAGAUGCCAGACCCUUCAAGUGUGACAUCUGUGGGUGUGCCUUCAAGAGGAGGGGCACUCUGGCCGAUCACAUCAACUCGAGGCAUACCGAAGACAGACCCUUCAAGUGUCACAUCUGUGGAUGGGCUUUCAAGUGGAGACGCCAUCUGGCAGACCACAUCAACUCCAAGCAUUCGGAAGACAGGCCCCUGAAGUGCGAAAUCUGUGGGUGCAGCUUCAAGUGGAGGUGCAACCUGGCCCGUCACGUCAGCUUGAGGCACGUGGAAGACAGACCCUUCAAGUGUGAUAUUUGUGGAUGUUCUUUCAAGCUGAGAGGCAUUCUGACUAAGCAUGUGAACACAAGGCAUUCAGAAGACAGGCCUUUUAAGUGCCCUCUGUGUGACAAAACCUUCAAGCUGAAGUGUACAUUGACAUCUCAUCUUCAGUGCCAUUCAGACACAAAACCCUACAAGUGCAACAUGUGUGAUUACUCUGGCAAGAGGAAGAGAGGCCUGAAGUAUCACAUGACCUCUGUCCAUCCCAAUGAGAAGAUGGGUUGUAGCAGUGGCCUGUGGCUCAACUGUGUUGUAUUCAUUCAAAGCACCAACUUGGAAAGAUGCCUCAUUUUUUGGAUUCAUUCCAUAACUGAGGCAUUGGUAGAUACCAUUGCCUGGCUCACAGCUGUAACUGAGAUGAACGAAGGCAUCACUGAAGCUAGUAUAAGCCCCGAGGACUUUGAAGAUGAACUUCAGUUCAAUCAUGGGUCUCAUGACCUUGAACUUAUUGAUGCAUCUGGAAAGGAAGAGAGUAAAGAAGAGGAAAAGCAACAUAUCCCAAAUACAAGCAGCAGUCUUACUGCCCAUGUGAAGUCCAAGCAUUCAGAAGGCAGACCCUUCAGCUGUGGCAUCUGUAGAUGCGCUUUCAAGAGGCAGGGGAAUCUGUCCGACCAUAUCGUCAUGAAACAUUCAGAAGAGAGACCCUUCAAGUGUCCCCAUUGUGAUAUGAGUUUCAAGUGGAAAUUCUCUUUGACAGAUGGAGGAGAAACAGAGUAUAUCCUGCCCAAUCCAGUUUGUUCUGUCUUGAAGGAGUUUCAAGAGGAGAACAAGGCAAUUAGUGCUGAAUAUGAUGAGGUUCAGCAGUCCAUGUCUGCAGUGGUGCAAGAUUGUCUGCCUGAGAUGCUGGAGUCCUGCAAACAUGGGCAGGAAAAUUGCAGUACUUCAGUAACAUCUGUGAAAAUGGAAUGUACUGAGACUGAUAUCACUGCUACAUAUGAAUUGUGUCUUGGAUCUCAUGAGCUUACUAAUUGCAAUCCAGAUAAAAAUCAAAGAAUGAUUAAAAGGAAACGCCAAAGACCUUUCAGGUGUGACACAUGCGGAAGCACAUUCACCUCAGAAGACACCUUUGACCACCAUGUCAUAUCAAAGCAUUCCAAGGUAUUCAUGUGUCACAUCUGUGAGAAGACCUUUCCAUGUGAGAGAAACCUGGAAAAGCACAUCCACAAUCACUCCAUUGUGAAACCACACAGUUGCAGCCUGUGUGGGUGUACCUACAAGCUAAAACGAAGCUUGGAGCGACACAUGACUGCAGCUCAUCAGCAGGGAAGGCCGGAUUGCUUGCAGGAGAACUGGCCUGAGGUCAUGAGAAAUGACAUGAACAAUUCUUUCAAGAGGAAAUACCCUACCAUAUCAAAUGGUCAUCAUCUGGAAGAUAAUAAUUUUGCAACAACCAGGAUUCAAGCUCCUGACAUCAUGGGAGCGACAGGUGAUCAUAAAGACAACAGUGGUGAACGCAUCACUCAAGUGGCAGAUGGAUUUUCUGGCCUUAGACCUAUUCAUGAAGCUGAAAAGGAUAAGAUAGUGAAUCAGAGGAAGUCCUCAACUGUUCAAAAUGAAAGACCCUUCAGAUGUGAUAUUUGUGGCUGUGCCUUUAAGCAGAGAGGCACUCUGACUGACCACAUCAACUCAAGACAUUCCGAAGAGAGACCCUUCCAAUGUGAUAUUUGUGGGUGUGCUUUCAAGCAGAGAGGCACGCUGUCUCACCACAUCAAAUCGAGGCAUUCGGAAGACAGACCCUACAAAUGUCACAUAUGUGGACAUGCUUUCAAGAAGAGAAGCAAUCUCACUGUCCAUAAAAUGAUAACAGAUGAACACUUUCGGCAGCACUCUCUUCCUGCAGCAAUGCUGGUGGAUGACCUACAGGCUUCAGUUGUGAAAGUAGAAUUCAUUGGAACAAGUGAUGAAUACUCUCAAGCCUUGAGCCUUGAACCUACUGAGGACAGAGCCUGCUAUGAAGCUGAGAAAAGUGACAGUGGAGCACUGAAGCCUUACCAAGCCAUUUUCACAUGUGACCAGCUGAAACAGAGUCUGGAGGGACGUGAUGAUGUGACGGCCAGAGAGAAGGCAUACAGGUGUCACUUGUGCGACCUUGGCUUCAGCCGGCAGUGCAGUCUGAAGCGGCAUCUGUCCUCCUGCCCCAGUUCAAAUAGAAAAUCAUGUUAUCAUCAAAAACUGCUUCUGAAAAAAAGUACUGAGUUUGCCAGACCUGGAUACAUCAACAAGGAUCAAGGUUCACCUUCAACAACAUUGAAAUCACCUGAGCAUGGUCUGCAAGAUUGCCAAAUCCCAACAAUACAGAUAGACCAUCCCAGGCUUUCAGAAGUGAAAGUAGAAUUCGCUGGCAUCACAGAGGAGCAUGAAGACCCAUUGCACCUUGAAUCUCCAAAUGACAGUGCUAAUGAGACUAUGAAAGAUACAAACAAAGGGAGGAACUCUGGAGUUUUCCAUCUGACUGGAAGUCCUUUUGUGUGCAACAUUUGUGGAUUUGGUUUCGAGGUGAAAGUCCUAAUGAAGUACCACAUGCGACAGAGACACUCAGACAAAAGACUGUAUGACCACAGCAAAAAGCCAUACAGAUGUGACCUCUGCAAUGAGAGCUUCAGCCGACAGUGUGCCCUGGACCGACACACAUCCUGCUUUCAUUCCAAAAGAAAGCCUGAUGGUUCACAGAAUUCACUUCCUAAAGGCAGAGCUGUGUUUUCUGGGCAUGAAUUGGGAGAUUUUGUCAAAGAGGAUCGUGUCACUGCAGCAGCAGAGUCAGAAAGCCUUAUUCACAUUGCAGUGGCAGCUGACUGCCACAAAACUGAUUCUGAACAGACCCAUAGACUCAGUCAUGAAUCUUUGGGAAAAGAAAAUAGAAUAAAAGAGACCACAAAGAUGCCUACCACUGUCCGGAAUAAAACACCACUCAAAUGGCCCAUUCGGAGAAUUCGUCCCAAGAAGAGAUGCCGUCGGACUGAUCACAUCUCCAGGCAUUCAGAAGAUGGAUACUUCAAAUGUGAUAUAUGUGGAGUUGAAUACAUCCUGCCCACUCCUGUGCUGGAUUGUCUGCAGUACUUUCCAGGGGAGACUGAGAUGAUCCUUCAUGAUGAUGUAGCACAGCAGUCAUUAUCUGAAGCAUUGGAGGAAGCCUCUUGCCCUGUGAGGGUGCUGGAAUCUUGUGGGUCUGCCAUAGGUUGUCCUCCAAUAGAGAAAGUUAAAGUUGAAUUUACUCAAACUGACAUCGAUGCUCCCAGUGAAUCAAAUCCCAAAUCUCUUGAGCUUGGUGGUGGUGAUGCCAUUACAAAUGUGAGGAAAGGGCGAAGAAAGCGUGCCAGACCUUUCAUAUGUGAAACAUGUGGAUCCACAUUCAGCUCAAAAGACAUGUUUGACCUCCAUGUUCAAUCGAGGCAUUUAACAGAAUUCAAGUGUCACUUGUGCCGCAAGACCUUCACACGUGAGAGAAACCUGAAGCGACAUGCCCUCUGCCAUUCCAACAUGGAGAGGUUCACCUGUGAUGUGUGUGGGCGCAGCUUCAACUGGAAGGAGGGUCUCAGCCAGCACAUGACCAUGUUCCACUCCCAGGUGAAAUUGGAUCAGUCUCAGGAGGAUGGGAGUCACUGCACAAAAGAUGAUUCUCUGGAUCCUUCAAACUCUGAACCUCAUGCUCACAACGCUGGUGAUAAGCCAAGAGAAAGGAAAAGUGAGAGACAGAAGGAUGAAGGGAGGAAGCCUGCAGCUCCCCACCUCAGUGAGAGACCUUUCAUAGACCUAUGUGACAUUUGUGGCUGUGGAUUCAGAUCCAGGGACAGCCUGAAGUCACACAUCCGAGCAAAGCAUUCCAACGAGAGACCCUUCCGGUGUGAUGUCUGUGGGCACAGCUUCAAACACAGUCACGUGCUGAAGGACCAUGUCCGAUUGAAGCAUUCGGAUGAAAGACCUUUCAAGUGUGACCUUUGCGACAAGACGUUCAAAGUGAAACAGAUCCUGGCCAGACAUCGCCAUAGCCACACCACAAAUGCUUGUCACUUGUGCAGUUCCACCUUCAAGACAAAACAGAGUCUUGAUGAGCACAUGGGUCAUGUCCAUUCAGAUGAAAACCAGGGAGUAGAGUCUGAGAAAAAGGGAUCAGAAGAGCAUCAUUUGGAAGACAGAAAUUUUGGAUGCAGUAUCUGUGGAAGUUGGUUCAAGAAGAAGCAUGCCCUGAAGGAGCACAUCCGGUACAGGCAUUCGGAUGAUAGACCUUUCAAAUGCGACUCGUGUGAGAAGGCAUUCAAGGGGAAGCAGGACCUGAUUAGGCACCAGAGUGUCCAUUCCAACACAUGUCACCUGUGCAGCUCCAGCUUUGACACAAAGCUGAGUCUGGAUGAACACAUGACUUGUGCUCAUUCAAGUGAGAAGUGUGAAGAAGAGUCUGAGGAAACGGCCCUGAGAGAGCAUUCUCCAGAUUCUGGUGUUAGGGAAGAAGACUCCCUGCUGAAGUCUAGUUGCCUUCAAGAUUGUCCCUCUGCAGCAGCAGUGUUGAACCACCCCACUCUUCUAGAGGUGAAAGUGGAAAUCAGUGAAAGUGACAUCGCUAAUGCUGUGAACGCCAUGAAUUGUGAAUCACCUGAGAAGAGGGUAAAGGACGAGGGAAACAGUGUUAUGAGGAGAAAAAAGAAGCCUGACACUUCCCACUCUGCUGAAAGACCCUUUGCCUGCAGCAUUUGUGGUUCAGGAUUCAAAACAAGACGCACUCUGUCGAAGCACAUCCGAGUGGGACAUUCGGAGAGAAGACCCUACCGGUGCGAUUUGUGCGGGUGCACUUUCAAGCAGAGCCAUAACCUGAAGUACCACAUUCAAUACAGGCAUUCAGAUGAACGGCCUUUCAAGUGUGACCUGUGCGGCAUGGCAUUCAAGAUGAGGCCGAAGCUACGUCGGCACCGUCGUGGCCAUGCCACCACCACCUGUAACCUGUGCAAUUUCACCUUCAAAACAAAGCAGAGAUAUCUUGGACAUAUGGCUCAUGUCCAUUCGAGUGGGAAUCACGAAGAGGGAUCUCUCAAGGCAGUGUCCGAGGAAAGCACGGACCUCAGGAGCCACUGCAGCAACAUGAAGAAUCCAACCAACCAAGUUGCACAGUUGUUAGAGUUAGUGUUUUCCCUUCAGUCAAACAAUUUUUCACUUGACUCUGACACUCAUGAAAGACAUUUGUCACAUGAGGACAGAAGCAAGAUGAAGGUUGGGGGAGUUGUCCGGGACCUGUGCAAGGUGGGCCAUCGUCAUCUGGCGAUACGCUCGUCGAGGUGCUUGUCGACAUGGUCCCCCGUCGCAUCUGCCUUCAAUGCUCGCCCGCUCUCCAAGCUCAACCUCAGUCUCCUUAGAGAAGACACUGGUUUAUUUGGAGUGCCAGAACUGAAAUCCCCAGAGGGUUUCUAUCUCUUGAAGGAGCGGGCCAUCACUCGGAGUGAGGAUCUCGUCCAGGAAGCCCUCAACCCCCACCGAACCCGUAAGAUCGUGGAGAUCUUCGACGACCUGUCCGACUGCCUGUGCCAAGUGGCUGACCUGGCCGAGUUCAUCAGGGUUGCUCACCCGCAGUCAAAAUUCACCCGUGCUGCUGAGAAUGCCUCCAUUGGCAUCAGUGCCUUGGUUGAACGCUUGAACACAAAUCGCAAGCUGUAUGAUGCCCUGAAGCACGUCCUAGUGAACGGCGACCACGUCCCCACCGAUGAUAUCGACGACCGGGUCGCCCACCUGUUCGCAUUCGACUUCGAGCAGUGCGGGAUCCACCUGGGAGAGGGGAAGCGGGAGCAAGUGGCCAAGCUGAACGACUACAUCCUCCUUCUGGGCCAGCGAUUCACAGCCGGCACCACGCAUCCCCGACUCGUCCCUGCAGCCGACAUUCCCAAGGAUGUCCCGCAUCCACGUAUGAAACUUGAAGGUAGCAUGUACGUGUUCAGGUUCCCACGUGAUGGAGACAACUACGUGGUAACGGGUCUCCACGCGGAUGCAUCGACGGAGUCGGUGAGGGAGCUGUCGUACAGGCUGUUCCUGAAGCCGGAUGCAGAGCAGGAAUCCCUGCUCGAGGAACUCCUCUUGGCUCGCCAUCAGAUGGCCUCCUUCUGUGGCUUCCCCUCCUACAGUCACCGGGUGCUGAGAUGGAGCCUGGCGAGGAGCCCAGAAUUUGUGGGGGAGUUCCUGGAGAGCCUGUCCGAGAAGCUGGCCCCCCGGGCCCAGGUGGACUUGAAGCACAUGGAGUGGGUCAAGCGGAAUCAGCAGCCCGAUGCCAAGCCGCUGGCAAUGUGGGACCCGCCGUUCUACACGGCGCAGGUGCGCAACGACAAGUACCGCAUCCACCCGGGGAAGGUGUCGGCGUACCUGUCGGUGGGGGCGUGCAUGCACGGGCUGGACGUCCUCCUCAAUGCCCUGUACGGCGUGCACCUGGUCAUCGAGGAACCCCUGCCCGGGGAGCUCUGGGCCCCCGAUGUCCACAAGAUUGCGGGCAUGGCCAUGGGCCUUUGCAGGCACAUCCUUGCAGGCCUCGCGCGUCAGGCUAAGGUAACAGCGGUCUACGGCAGAGCGACCGAAAAGUCACUGGAUGCCAAUUUGGAAAAGAAAGUCGGAACGAAGAAGCUGGAAAGGAGAGCACAGAAGGAAGCGGGGGAGUUGGGCAGGGACAUGGGACAGGAGAGGCGGGAAAGAGGAGAAUGUGAAGAGGUGAGAGGCGUACUCGUAACUGCGCUGGCGAACGUCUGUGGGAGGCCCCCCCCGGAAACCGCUAAUCCAAGCCCGACUGUCGUCAUCUGUGGGCGAACAGUGCGACACGAAGAGGAAGGAGUGCUGGGCUACAUAUACUGCGACUUCUACGACCGGCCGGGGAAGCCCAAUCAGGACUGCCACUUCACCAUUCGGGGCGGGCGACGACUCCCGGAUGGCACCUAUCAGGUAAAAAUGGAUCAUGUCGACACCGUACGCGAUGCUUUCGCUCGAAUCGCCGUGCAGCUGCCGAUAGUGGUGCUGAUGCUGACGGUGCCCCCGGGGCAGUGGGGGAAGCCGCCCCUGCUCCUCCCGGGGAUGGUGGAGAACCUGUUCCACGAGAUGGGGCACGCGCUGCACUCCCUCCUGGCCCGCACCCGCUACCAGCACGUCACGGGCACCCGCACCUCCACCGACUUUGCGGAGGUCCCCUCCACCCUCAUGGAGCAUUUUGCAUUCGACCCCAGGGUCCUGGGGACGUUCGCGCGGCACUUCGACUCCGGGCAGGCGAUGCCGGAGGAGCUGGUGAUGAACCUGUGCGCCUCCAAGCAGGUGUUCGCCGCGUCGGAGGCGCAGCUGCAGGUGUUCUACUCCGCCCUGGACCUCUGCCUCCACGGGGCCCACCCGCUCCCGGCGCCCACCGCCAAGGUGCUCGAGGACACCCACAACCGCUACUACGGCCUCGGAUACGUCCCCGAUACGGACGACCCGUUCAGUCGGAGCGGCGGAGAGGGAGUGCGGUGGGGCCUGCUGGCCCACGGGGGAGGGCGGGACCCCCGGGACCUGGUGGCGUCCACCCUAGGGAGGGAGGUGACCCCGCUGACCCUCACCGACUCGCUCGUGGCGGAGCUGGACGAGAGGGCGUCGCACCUCCGGCUGGCUUCGUGA